GAAACAUUUGCCUUAACGUGACUGUUUAUUUGUGUACAUGGACAGGGGAGUGACUCCUCCAGAAUAUAAAGGAACUGAGGAGUGAAUUAAGCUGAGAAAACUGAGCCACCUCAGAUUCUGAUACUAAGCUUCAUAUUCACUCAUCGCUCCUUUGGCAUCUGUCUUCAAAGAACAAUAUGGCAGAAGAACAGAAGUUUUCAGAAACAUCUGUCCAGCUGACUGAAGCUGCUCCACAGACUGUGGACAGGUUUACUGCCCCUGGAAAUAUUUAUUCAGCCAUUCUGAGCCGUAAUGAGGCUGUUAAAGAUGCCAGGCGGCUCAAGGAAUUUCAGGAGCUCAAAGACAAAUAUGUACGCAAAAAAGUCAUCUUUGAAGAUCCCCUGUUCCCGGCCCAGGACUCGUCUCUCUUUUACAGUGAAAAGUUCCCACUAAAGCUUGAAUGGAAGCGCCCAUCGGAAAUUUGUAGCAAUCCACAGUUCAUUCUUGGGGGAGCCAACAGGACAGAUAUCUGCCAAGGAGACCUGGGAGACUGCUGGCUGCUGGCUGCUAUAGCUUGCCUGACCCUGAAUGAUAUAAUCCUGAAGAGGGUGGUUCCCCAUGACCAGAGCUUCACUGAAAACUAUGCUGGCAUUUUUCAUUUCCAGUUCUGGCGCUAUGGUGAGUGGGUGGAUGUGAUUGUGGAUGAUCGACUUCCCACAUACAAAAACCAGUUGGUGUUCACCAGGUCUGGACAGAAGAAUGAAUUUUGGAGUGCUCUUCUGGAGAAGGCAUAUGCAAAGUUACAUGGCUCUUAUGAAGCUUUAAAGGGCGGAAACUCACUGGAGGCCAUGGAGGACUUCACUGGAGGAGUAACUGAGUUAUAUGAGAUUACAGAGGCCCCGAAGGAGUUGUACAACAUCAUGAGGAAGGCUCUGAAGAGAGGGUCCCUCAUGGGCUGUGCCAUAGAUAAUUUGGUCCCAACUGCUCAAAGGACUAAAACUGCAUCUGGACUCGUGAGAGGCCAUGCGUAUUCAGUCACUGGAGUUGAGCAUGGUAAACGUAAGGAUGGUAAAGACCUAUUGAUUCGUCUGGUUCGUGUACGAGACCCCUGGGGGGUUGCCCCCCCUCCCGCCUGUAAGUCCAAUGACUGGGCUGCACUAGCCACAUCUGAGCAAGACAAGGAGAGACUCCGGCCUACAGAGCAAGGGGAGUUCUGGAUGUGCUUUGAGGAGUUUCAGAAGAACUUCACCAAACUGGAGAUCUGUAAUCUGACCCCAGACACACUUGAGGACGACUGUAUGUUAAAGUGGAGUGUGUACAUACAUGAGGGCCGAUGGGUGAAAGGCUGCUCUGCCGGAGGCUGCAGAAACUUUCCUGACACAUACUGGACAAACCCUCAGUUCCGCCUGGUUCUUGUGGACGCGGACGUUAAAGAGAAGACCUGUACUGUGGUGGUGGCACUAAUGCAGAAGGGCAGAAGAAAAGAGCGCUGCGCAGGUGCCGGCCUACACAACAUUGGGUUUGCCAUAUAUGAGGUUCCUAAGGAGAUGAAGGGUAGCCAACAACAGCUGCAAAAGGAUUUCUUCCUUUAUAAUGCUUCCAUAGCUCGCAGCAAGUCUUAUGUCAACAUACGUGAGGUGACAGAACGUUUCUGCCUGAAACCGGGCGAGUAUGUCAUCAUUCCGUCCACCUUUGAUCCCCACAAGGAGAGCGAGUUUCUGCUCAGAGUCUUCUCUGAGAACAAGAGCACCUCAGAGGUUAUAGAUGCAGAGAUUGAGUCAGAGCCUGUGACGGAUGAUGUCAAGAAGAAAAUCAAGCCACUUGAGGAGGAGGAGGAGACUGAAGAGGAAAAACAGUUCAGGGCCAUCUUUCAGCAGAUAGCUGGAGACGACAUGCAGAUUAAUGCCAAUGAACUCAGGACUGUCCUUAAUAGAGCGAUUGCCAGACAUAAAGAGCUAAAAACAGAGGGUUUCAGUCUGGAGAGCUGCAGAAGUAUGAUUGCACUCAUGGAUACUGAUGGAACAGGCCACCUAAACCUGCAAGAGUUCAAACACUUAUGGAAUAAAAUUAAACAGUGGAAGCUGGUGUUCACACGUUUCGACACAGACAAAUCCAGUACAAUCAGCAGUUUUGAGAUGAGGAACGCUCUUACUGAAGCAGGUUUUCAACUCAACAAUCAGCUGUAUGACAUUAUUUGCAUGCGAUAUGCCAACGAACACAUGGAGCUGGAUUUCGACAGCUACAUUAGCUGUUUAGUGCGACUCGAGGCAAUGUUCAGGACAUUUAGAGCCUUUGACAAGGAUGGAGAUGGUCUUAUCAAGCUCAAUGUUUUUGAGUGGCUUCAACUGACCAUGUAUGCCUAAAGACACAAACACAGAUACAGAAGGCGACCUGGUGACACUUUCAACCUCCAUUAAGUGGAACAUUACAGAAAGAUCUGCAUUCGUAUCAAUUAUACUGUACACCAUUGUGGCUUUUUUCUUCAGCCAGUGCUGGUCUAGAACAAACUGGAUUAAUCAUAAAAGCCCAUUUAGAUCUUGUUAAACAAUUACUUAGUAGACUAUCCCUUUCAGAGGACAUUUUGUUGUCAUUCAGCAAAAUGUUGUCAUAUUA